AUGUCUCUCAAACCCAUCAAGCUCUACUCCCACCCGGGCGGCCCCAACCCCUGGAAAGUCGCCAUCAUCCUCUCCGAGCUCUCCGUUCCCUACGAAACACAAAUCAUGGACUUUGCCGACCUCAAGAAACCGGCCUUCGAAUCCCUCAACCCCAACGGCCGUGUCCCGGCCAUUGAGGACCCAAACACGAACAUGACGAUGUGGGAGUCCGGGGCCAUUAUCGAGUACUUGCUCGAGACGUACGAUAAGGAGAAUAAGUUGAGCUUUACGCAGGGGAAGGAGAAGUGGGAGACGAAGUCAUGGUUGCAUUUCCAGACUAGUGGGCAGGGCCCUUAUUUCGGACAGAGAGCAUGGUUCGUCCUCUACCACGCCGACAAGAUCGACUCUUGCCUCGAGCGCUACGGGAAUGAAAUCCGUCGUGUCAUUGGCGUGAUCGAUGAGCAUCUUAAGAAGACUGGACGGCAGUAUUUGGUCGGCGAUAAGUGCACGUAUGCGGAUUUAGCUUUUGUGCCGUGGCAUUGGUUGUUGAUCCAGCCGCCGAAUAUUAUGGGCGAGGGCUUUGCGAAGGAAUGGGAGGAGAAGUAUCCGGCGGCGUGGAAGUGGAGUCAGACGUUGAUGCAGAGGGAGGCGGUGAAUAAGUGUAGAGAGGAGAGGAAUAAGGCGAUGCAAGCGGGGAAGAAAUGA